AUGUCUCCGUACUUUGGGCUCCAAGCCCUCCCUUUCCUUCUGUUCCUCCUUUUCGCGGCCCUGGUCGCGUCAGAACACACAUCCAACUGGGCUGUCCUCGUCGCAACCUCCCGUUUCUGGUUCAACUAUCGCCAUCUCGCAAAUGUCCUGUCACUUUACCGAACGGUGAAGCGCCUCGGGAUUCCCGACUCCCAGAUCAUUCUCAUGCUUCCCGAUGACAUGGCCUGCAACCCACGCAACGCCUUCCCCGGGACCGUUUACAGUAAUGCGGAUCGCGCGGUUGAUCUAUACGGCGAUAAUAUUGAAGUAGAUUACCGGGGAUACGAGGUUACGGUGGAAAAUUUCAUCCGUUUGUUGACCGACCGACUGGACGAGGAUGUUCCCCGCAGCAAACGUUUGGGGUCCGACGCCGGGAGCAACGUGCUCGUUUAUAUGACGGGACAUGGAGGCGACCAGUUCCUCAAAUUCCAGGAUGCUGAGGAGAUUGGCGCGUGGGAUCUGGCGGAUGCAUUCGGUCAAAUGUGGGAGAAGAAGCGCUACCAUGAGCUGCUGUUCAUGAUCGACACAUGUCAGGCGAACACUAUGUACACUCAUUUCUACUCGCCCAACAUCAUCGCGACUGGGUCCAGCGAGCUCGACCAGUCGUCUUACUCUCACCAUGCGGAUAACGAUGUGGGUGUAGCGGUGAUUGACCGCUGGACAUAUUAUGUGCUUGAGUUCCUUGAAAACCGGGUAACAAGCCUGGAUUCGAAGCAAACGCUGGGGGACUUGUUCGAUUCGUAUGAUGAAACGAAGAUCCACUCGAACCCCGGCGUACGAUGGGAUCUCUUCCCUGGAGGCGAGCAGGAAGGCCGCCUUCGAACAGUGGUUGACUUCUUCGGAAACGUCCAGAGCGUCGAAGUUGAGAGGGCCGAUGCUGAUGAGCCAGGUUCCUUGAAGGAGGACCUUAUCGAGAUUGCGCAGCUUGUCGAAAAAUGGCGGGCAUUUUCCCAGGACUACGCUGCCGCCAACAGCACAUCCCAUCAUGAGGUGGCAAGAGACUCACCUGCGUAUGAAGUCAAGAGGAGGAAUGUCGGUCCUGCAAAGUUGAGUGAGGAGACUCCUUGGGAGAAGCGCUUAAUCGGGCUGUCAAUCCUGGGAGCGUGUGCUGCCAUCUGGUUCACUGGAUCUACCUUAGGCGGGACCGUGGCCUGA